UGUGCUAUUGAAGGGGGCGAUAAAAACUUGCACGAGCGGAUCGUGUCCGCGCAGGUUAGCAGUGGCCGCGCACGAUAACAGAUCGGCUUCCAUUUUUUUUCUCCCUAACGCGUUAAUUUCAACUUUCCCUCCUCUCUCUCUCUCUCUCUCUCUAAAACCUCUCAAAACCCUAAAGUUCGUUCUACAAUUUUCGGUGAAUUCUCUCCGUUUUGGUCACCGAUCGACAAAGCGAAGGAAAUUUUCAAGAAGUAAGUAAAAGAAUUUGAUGGAGGUUCAAGAACCGGUAACUGCUGCAGAGAGAAAGUUGACGAUUACCCCAAAGGCCCUGAUACAUCAAAAAUAUGGUCCAAAAGCUCGCUAUACCAUUGAAGAAGUGAAGCAGUCUGUUGAUAACGGAUGCCCUGGUUUGAUUAUUCCACAGCAGUCUCGGAGCCUGUACAGGUGCUGCUUGUCUCUCCCUGAGCUAUCUGUUACUUCAGAUACCUUUACAAAAAAGAAGGAUGCAGAGCAGUCUGCUGCAAAGAUGGCUGUAGAAAAGCUGGGUAUUCAGUCUAAACCAACUCAUUUAACUCCACAGGAAGCAUGGAAUGAGUUAGUUGCCCGCUUUUCCAUCUUGUUCUCUGAUGAGUUCCUCUCAUCCUCUCACCCCCUGCUUGGUCACUUCAGAGUGGCAUUCCGAAGAGUUGGCAACCUUUAUAGUAUGAUUCCCUUGUCAGCUAUUGCUGCCUAUGAUGUGAAAGUUAAUAAUUUAUGCAAAAUCAUUGACCCAAAGGCAGAAUCGGAUCCUCUCUUGGUUUUUUCAUUUAUCUGGAAGGCUGCAAGAAUGUCUGAUUCUGUUUGUACUACUACUGCUGGUGGAUUUUGGAUAUGGAAGCAAGGUCCUUAUUCACCUGAGGCUUUAGAGCUGCUGAUGAACUGUGAUUUAGAUUCAAUGGACACUGUACAUAUAGAAGCCGUACGGAUUCCUCACUCCAUUGAGGGAAAUAUUGAGACCUUCAGUCUUGAAUUUUCUGGUAAUCAGUAUUACAUGGAUGAAGUUGCUCAGAAGCUUGAUGCGAGGGAUGCUUCUCAACUGUUGGUAUCAAGGAUAGUAGGCAAAGCUUCUUCAGAGAUGAGGUUAUACUUCUCUGCCCCAGAAUAUGCUGUUACGUUUUCAGAUUCAACGGCAGAUGUAUGUUCAAACACAGAUGGAAAUGCCAGUUUGGAACCACUACUCAAUAAGCAAGCUUCUUACUUAUCAGGCCAAGCUAUUUAUGGGGAUGCCAUAUUGGUUAAUGUUGGAUAUGCGUGGAAAUCUCCCGGUCUCUUUUACGAAAAUGUAAACUUGUGCACCUAUUACAGAAUGCUUCUCAGUAAGGUACCUGAUGGACACUACAAGCUGUCUAGAGAGGCAAUACUUGUAGCGGAACUGCCUACUGCUUUCACUGCACGCUCAAACUGGAUGGCUCCUCUCCCAAGGGACCUACUCUGCAUGUUUUGCCGCCAGCACCGGUUUUUGGAACCUAUUUUCUCUGUUCAGGGUAUUGAUUCUUCUGAAACUGCUAAAGAAGAGUGCAAAAAAAUGAAGCUAACAAGGCCAGCUGGAGACCAAAUGCCUGUUGAUACUGACAGAGUCUCGGACAAGCCAGCUACUUUCAAAUGUGAAGUGAAAAUAUUGUCGAGGAGACGAGAGAUAAUACUGGAAUGCUCAUCUGGUAAUACUUACAAAAAGGAGUUUGAUGCUAUUCAGAAUGUUGCAUUAGAAGUUCUUACAUGGUUUAGCAAGUAUUUUAAGCAGUUAGACAUGCCUAUAGAAAAUUUGCCAUCUUUUGCCCUUGAUCACAAUGUUAGGAUGCACCCCAUAAACUUUUGCCGGGAAUUUGAAUUGCUGGUAUCUAUUUAUCGAGGAAAACAGAAUUAUAACUCCAGAAAGUGCACCUCUCUCGGAUCAAUCUACAAAGGUCGGUUUGAUCCGAAUCAGGAUAAUGCAGUGAUUCUUGACGACAUGGAAGGUGAUGAUUCUGGUAUGUUUCCUUCCCAUGGAUCUUUAACCUGCAUAAAUUAUGCUGUUACAUUAAGGAGUAAAGAAGAGCCUAUAAAGGAGCUGAUAGAAAGUAAGGAUGAAUUUGAGUUUGAGAUAGGUUCUGGUUCUGUAAUCAAGCAGCUUGAGACAUGUGUAUCUCAAUUGUCUGUCAACCAAUCUGCACGCUUCACUACAUCGCUGCCUUCGAGGGACUUGCUCUUGGCUGCUGCUGGUGAAUGCACUAAAAACCUUUCAAACAUUUCCCUGUCCAACUGCUUUCUGGAGUACUCCUUGAGGGUUUUGCGGGUUACAGAACCCAUGGAGGAAAGAUUAGAGCAGGCUUUUUUCAGCCCUCCUCUCUCAAAACAGCGGGUUGAAUUUGCAGUGAGGCAUAUCAAUGAAUCUAAUUUGGUUAGCUUGGUGGAUUUUGGAUGUGGAUCUGGUAGCCUUCUUGAUUCCCUAUUGGAGCAUUCAACUACAUUGGAAAGGAUUGUCGGUGUAGAUAUUUCAUGCAAGGCUCUUACACGUGCAGCAAAGAUUAUACAUUCAAAACUUAGCAAAAAUUCUGUACUGCAAGAUAGCAUCAAGUCUGCUGUGCUUUAUGAUGGAUCAAUCACAGAUUUCGACUCCAGAUUGUACGGAUUCGAUAUUGGCACUUGUUUAGAGGUGAUUGAACACAUGGAAGAGGAUCAGGCGUGCUUAUUUGGUGAUGUCGUACUGAGUUCUUUCUGCCCUCGAAUACUUGUUAUCUCAACUCCCAACUACGAAUACAAUCCUAUACUCCAAAAAUCCUCUUUCCCCAACAAAGAAGAGGACUCGGAAGAGAAGUCAUCGACUACUUGCAGAUUUCGUAACCAUGAUCACAAGUUUGAGUGGACGAGGCAGCAGUUUGAACAAUGGGCUACUGAUCUUUCAGUUCGACAUAACUACAGUGUCGAGUUUAGCGGAGUUGGUGGGUCCGGUGAUGUUGAGCCCGGUUUUGCUUCGCAGAUUGCUGUCUUUAGAAUUCGAUCGAACCGUGCAGAGGAGAAGCUUUUGGAAAAUAGAGAAUCAGCUUGCCCUUAUAGAGUCAUUUGGGAAUGGAAUCACUGCUCCAGUUCUGCUGUCUGACACUCUUAACAGAUAAACUCCAAUUUAGUGUAGAGGCAUUCUACAGCAGCUAAUGGAGGAUUAGUUUGUUUUUAUGGGGGUUCUAAUUUAGAUCGGUGGAGAUUAAUGGGCUCUGAGAGAUGAAUUAGGGACUAAUUCGCUUAGCUGUCUAACAAAGGUGCUUCAGUUUUAGCUUUACUUUUGUCUUUAUAGAAGUUUGUCAACAGAUGGUUUAAAAGAUUCUGAGACCUUACCGUAUCAAAGUAAUACUUGUAUAUUUCA